UGGAAUAUGCUUUGAGUCGUUUAGUAGUAAACCCUACAGCGAGCUUCGUGCGCCUUAGAUCUGCGAGGCCGGCUCCUCUAGCGCGAGUGUUUUGGUGCGCCAUGGAUGAGGAGUACGACGUCAUUGUGCUGGGGACGGGUCUCAAGGAGUGCAUCCUCAGCGGGCUGCUGUCGGUGGAUCGUCUCAAGGUGCUACACAUGGACAGGAACGACUACUACGGGGGAGAAUCGGCGUCUCUCAAUCUUGUCCAGCUUUACCAAAAAUUCCGCAACAGUGACAAGCCUCCACCGUCGCUCGGUCCGAGCAGGGACUACAACGUUGAUAUGAUCCCAAAGUUCAUGAUGGCUAACGGGCAGCUCGUCCGAGUUCUCAUUCACACCGAUGUGACCAAGUACUUGGCUUUCAAAGCCGUAGAUGGAAGCUUUGUGUAUACCAAAGGGAAGAUCUACAAAGUUCCUGCAACCGAUGUAGAGGCUAUCAAGUCUACGCUUAUGGGCAUUUUUGAAAAGAGGAGAGCGCGGAAAUUUUUCAUCUAUGUGCAGGACUAUAACGAAGCGGAUCCAAGGACUCAAGACGGCAUGGAUCUCAGUAGAGUAACGACCAAGGAGUUGUUCGCGCACUUUGGACUUGACGAUAACACCAUCGAUUUUAUUGGCCACUCACUGGCAUUGCACCGGGACGAUAGAUACUUAUCUGAGCCGGCUCUGGAAACGGUGAAGAGAUUUAAGUUGUAUGCAGAAUCUCUGGCUCGCUUUCAAGGCGGUUCCCCUUAUAUUUAUCCGCUCUAUGGCUUGGGAGAACUUCCUCAGGCAUUUGCACGCCUGAGUGCCGUAUACGGCGGGACGUACAUGCUUCAGAAGCCAGACUGCACGAUAGAGUUUGACGAGGAAGGCAAGGUUAGAGGCGUCACCUCCGAAGGUGAAACUGCCAGGACCAAGAAAGUUGUCUGCGAUCCUAGCUAUGCACGAAACAAGGUUCGGAAGGUCGGGAAAGUUGUCCGGGCCAUAUGCAUCAUGAGCCAUCCAAUCCCAAACACGAACGAUUCCUCGUCAGUUCAAGUUAUCCUUCCCCAAAAGCAACUGGGACGUAGGUCUGAUAUGUACGUGUUUUGCUGCUCUUAUUCGCAUAAUGUUGCUCCAAAGGGCAAGUUUAUCGCCUUCGUGUCGACCGAGGUGGAGACGUCAGAGCCCGAAAAGGAGCUCCAGCCAGGGCUCAGUCUUCUUGGGCCUGUGGAUGAGAUGUUCAUUGACGUUUACGACAGGUUUGAACCAGUGAAUGACUGGACACUGGAUAACUGCUUUAUUUCCAAGAGCUACGACCCAACCACACACUUUGAGACUACAGUGCAAGAUGUUCUUGCCAUGUACACCCGCAUAACCGGAAAGGUCCUGGACUUGAGUGUGGACUUGAGUGCCGCCAGUGCUGCGGACGAGUGAAAGUCUUCACUACGGGCCUUGUAAAAAUCUGGUGAACGAUUGUUGUUGUCCGCGUUUUUUUAUAUGAAUGAAUACCAAGUCUGUCUUCCAGUUGCUCUC